CCUUUUUCACGCCUUCAGAUGAAACCGAGACUCCUAUAAUUUACGUAGUAACUACUUCUAGACUUAGAAACCAAGAAGAUUAUCUUAACUGGAAGCGGAAGGUCACGACAGUAACUACUAGUACUAUGAAGAUCAAAAGAUGCGGAGGACCACUCAGCCAAGCUGUUUUCGUUCUCCUCACUAAGCUGUUUUCGUUUUCUUCCACAACCUCGAACCCCAUCCGUGAUGUUCAACGCUCAUUGGGGUGAUAAGGUGUGCUUUCCGCGCCAUCAUCCGUGAUGUUCAACGCUAAUUGGGGCGAUAAGGUGCUUAUGUGCUUUCCGCGCUUCGUUCGCUACCCACCGAUUCAGUUAUGGUUAGCUUUUAUCCAUCUCUCUGCUCGCCAUCUUGGUAGCUUUGCGACUCGUAUUUUCAUCAUGAAGUACAAGGGGAAAGGGGCCAAAGUUGUCAGGGGACCGAGAUGAAUUAUCAAAGCGGGCUCUAAUUCGGGAUGAGCAACUUUUGCGUGAUGCAGAGCGAAUGAACAAAGAUCCGAACAACGAAACCCUGAGACAAUCCGUAGUAGAACAAGUGAGGGCGAAGUUGGAAAGUACUACGUAAAUGUAUGUGUGAUUUCUCGUCUUCGUCGUAAGUAUAUAUUGCUGGUAGUAGUUCUUGUAGUUGAAUAUUCUUUUCUUGUAGAUUGUUUUUGUUUGUUUGUUUGUUUGUUUGUUUGUUUGUUUGACGUGGGGUACCAGCGGACCCUCAAUCUUCAUGUAUGGAGCUCUUGUUCAAUUCAUCUACACCUACGUCAGUACAUACAAUAAUUAGAUUUCAACGUCAAACAAAUUUUUUAAGAAACUCCAACUCCUCCCCUUAAACUUCUCUACUCAGAUAAGCACACUGAUCCUCGAACACGAGAAGUUUUGAGCCAAACGCUGAGCGGUGCAACGGUUUUAAGGCUUCCCCUAAUCCAUCUCUAGAAGCAUCUUAACUAAGGCUCUUCCACAAGGGGGAAAAACAAAUAGCUCCAAGAUGAAUCUCAAGAUGGACUAGGGUGAGGAAGCUCUAACGGUCUCUACCGAGCUGCAAGUAAAAAAUAUGGAAGUGGAUCCGUCUGGGUUGCCGUUUCCUUCUAUGAUGAACUGCGUUGUCAUGGACCCUGUAAAAAAAGGUGGUGAUUCAGCAUUGAGCCAGUUUCUUUAAGAGAGUUGGGUCCUCCUGACUCUGUAGGACGAUUAACGCUUUAUUUCUCAUUUCUGUGGCUCGAAAGCAAAUACAUCAAGUAGAAUCAGCAACUGCAGGUUUUUGCCAAUUCCAUAUGAACGAUCUAUUAUGAAG